ACAAAAUGGUUCCUGCAGAUGAACGGACCAAAGCUUUGCUGACUUUCAGCCUUCUUCCUCCUCAUCAUCACAGACGCAUCAGCAGCAGCAGCUGCAGCUGCAGCAGCACGGAGACGCUUCAGACUGAGCCGAGAGAUGAGGAGAAUUAAACGGAUCUGUGUGCGCAGCCCCCCGGCGCACAUCUCCAUCUACCAGUGCGCAAUAAUUGAAAUGGCGCAUUUGGCCGCAGGCUGCUGGAGGGGCAUAAUGCAUGACGAUAGACGUCAUUUGGCUCCAGAGCCAGAGGGAUGUUUGAUGUUGCUAAAAUAUAUGAGAGGUCGGCAGAGAGACGUGGAUGUGCAGGCAGACAGGAGGAGGAAGAGACAGCAGCUCCAGACUGAACCCAGUGUGAAGACAACAGGACGGAUUUAUGUCCACAGCCUCGCGUUAUUGAUGGAUAUUUAAUUCUUCUGAUAAAUCAUCUUUCUGUCACAGCAGGCGGAGGAUCUAUUUUCUGUCCUCGGUUGACAGAAACGAGUUGGGGCGAGCGAGAGAAAAGAAUAAACCGCCCCGCGUUAUUGUAACCUAAUCCUGCCCCCGGGGGUCUGAAGGGCCCCGGGCUCCCUGCUCCUCUUUCAGCCCUCCUCUUUAUUCUUCUGGAGGAGACACGGACAGGCUUGUUCACCUCCUUCUGCUUCACACACACACUCUCUCACACGCACACACACACCGGAGGAGACAGCCUGGCGAGGACGUGAACUGAAGACCAGCCGGUAUCCGCACAUUUCAAACCCCGGGACGGAGCAGACAGACGCCGGUCUCCAUGUCGUCUGUGUCGGUGUCCUCUCAGGAGGGGCGGAGCAUGUCCAGGAUGUCUCUGAGCCGCUCACCUGUGUCCCCCAUGACCGCUCAGGGCAUCCCGUCCCCCGCCCAGCUCACCAAGGCCAACGCCCCCGUGCACAUCGACGUGGGAGGGCACAUGUACACCAGCAGCCUGGCGACACUCACCAAAUACCCCGAGUCCAGGAUCAGUCGUCUGUUUAACGGCACCGAGCCCAUCGUGUUGGACAGUCUGAAGCAGCACUACUUCAUCGACAGAGACGGAGACAUCUUCCGCUACAUCCUCAGCUUCCUGCGGACCUGCAAGCUGCUGCUGCCUGAAGACUUCAAGGACUUCCCCCAGCUGUACGAGGAGGCUCGGUACUACCAGCUGACUCCGAUGGUGCGGGAGUUGGAGCGCUGGCAGGCAGAGCGAGAGGCCCAGCGGGCAACGCCCUGCGAAUGUCUGGUAGUUCGCAUCACGCCAGAUCUUGGCGAGAGGAUUGCUCUGAGUGGAGAAAAGGUCCUGAUCGAGGAGAUCUUCCCAGAGACCGGAGAUGUCAUGUGUAACUCUGUCAACGCCGGCUGGAAUCAGGACCCCACCCAUGUCAUCCGCUUCCCACUAAACGGAUACUGCAGGCUCAACUCUGUGCAGGUCCUGGAGCGUCUGUUUCAGAAGGGCUUCACCAUGAAGGCGUCCUGUGGUGGGGGCGUCGACUCCUCCCAAUUUAGCGAGUACGUCCUGUGUCGGGACUUGAGGCACAGCCAGUCCAUCACCAGCACCCCGAUCCGGAUCAAACAGGAGCCUCUGGACUAACAGCACCACACUUUAUUAACAGUUUACUCGCACCUGGAUCCUGCAGACGUCUCCAGCAGCUCACACCUGAAAAUGUGAAACUUGACAGGAAACCUCUGCAGACAUCUGGAAGUUAAAAUACACUUUGAGAGAGUUUCAGUUCAGAUUGAAUGUUUUUCAUUUUGAGCCCGAUGAUGAUGAUGCAACACGGUAACAAGUCAAAUGUACAUAAAACUGCCAAAUGUAAAUAUUUGUGAGAAUAAUUUGAUCCUCAGCUUGUUUGGUGAAUAUCGUUCUGUGUAUAAAAUGAUUGCAAAGGUCAUUUUUAUAAGUGUGUACGGAUAAUUUAAUUCUUUUUAUAAAAACUGCCAUUUUGAAAAUGUAUAUUUAAUGUGUUUGUUAGCUCGUGUUACUAUUUUUCAUUUGUACAGAUGUAUUGAUAAAAAGAUAAAAAGCUCUCCAUGUCUUCACUUUUAAUUUACGAGGAUCAAAUUCAAAGCAAACCAGGUUCUUUAUCAUUUUCUUUAUUUAAUUUUUUUUGCAAAGGUACAAACAACUGUAAAAUUGCAUUGCCUGAAAUGCGUCAGGAUUGAAUACAGAAUGUAGGAAAUAUAAAUAGUCGCAAAAAUUGUGUCCUUCCAACAGAUGAUACUUUAGCCGGGUGCUCUGAAGACUCUGACUGAAUAUACAGUACAUACACCACAGCUGCAAUUAUCAGUUAGAGCUAUAGACUAUACAAACCAAAUGCCCGAUAUGAGGGGAAAAACAUUUAAAGCGUUAAAAACCUUCAAUGUACACACCCUUUCCAAAAAAGUCAUCUUAAAAACUUUCAACCGCAAACCGUGAAGCGAAACUGCAUAUUCAACUACUCUGACAAAUGUAUGUGUCCAACAGUACGAGGAUUUUCAGACUGUCAUUUGAAUUCUAACAUUUCCCCUUCGCACGUUGAGCUAAAAGUGAAAUCACACGUCAGGCGGGAUGAAGAAGAGGAGGAGGAGGAGGGUAUUGCAGGAAUGUUUGAUGUGAAGUUAUAUGGUUGUUAGCCUUCAUGAACGUAGCCUGAGUGAGUUUUCACUGUCUGUAGGAGAACCAGCUCCCUGUGAUGACUGUUAACUUAAAAACUGUGAAUCAUUGUUAAAGGGACAGUUCAACAUUUAGUGAAAUCCUCUUUCUCUCAACUGUACUCUAAAUAUGAAGCUACAGACAACAGCUUUAGCAUAAAGACUAGCAACAGGGAAACAGCUAGCUUAUCAUAAAGACUGGAGACUAGCUUCACAUAAAGACUGGAAAUGGGGAAACAGCUAGCCUGGCUUUGUUCAAAGGUAAAAAAAAAAAAAAAAAAUCCACCUACCAGCUCCUCUAAAGCUCACUGAUUUAACAAUCUCAUCCUUUAAUAAACAAACAAAUCAAAGUGUCAAAUAUAUUUCUUAUUUAAUGUAUUAAACUAUACUACAACUAACAGUUUAUUUAACAAGGCUAUGUGCAGUUUUAACGUCUAUCCAAUCUCUAUAAACAGAUUCUGCACUUUUAUGCGUAAUCUGUAGGCAACAAGACAAGAUUUUGGUAUCGGAGGCAUUCUGGUUGUCAUUUGUAGUCUGAGUAAUAUUGACCAAUCAAAUGUGAACGAGCUUUGGUGUCAUGCGGCUAAACAGGAUGUGUGGAGAGCAAACCAGGCCAAAUGCGUUGGCUGAAAAGCAAUCUGGGAACCCAUCGACUAACACAUGACUAACAGAGAUUAGCCCAAAUGUUGCCUGGACCUACAACACCUACACUUAAGUAGCCUAGCUAAUCAGACUAUAAACAAUAACCAGUACACAGAAAAAGAAGUCAUGGCCUGGAUAUCUGCCAGCAACACCAAAGCCCCCUAAACAUGCCAAUUGGUUUUGAGAUAAACGGCUGAUCUGGGUAUGUGGGUAUGUGGUGACUUGAAGUGAUGACACCUAUUAAAAACAGGAAAUUUACUUAUUUAUCAGUUUAGGUGGGUUUUGUUACCUUUAGACAGAACCAGGCUAGCUGUUUCCUCCUGUUUCAAGUGUUUAUGCUAAGCUAGGUUUGCUGUUUCCCCUAGUUACGGUCUUAACGCUAAGAUAAGCUAAGCUAAGCUAAGAUAAGCUAAUCUGUUUCCCUGUUUCUAGUCUUGAUGCUAAGCUAAGAUAGCUGCGUCCACCUGUUUCCAAUCUUAAUGAAAAGCUAAGCUAGCUGUUUCCACCAGACCCCCAGAAGUGCACCAGGCUCAAACAGACACAAACAGUAAUACUGUAAUUUCUGGGGUCCGUCACACGAUGCUAUUGGGCCCCAAAAAAUUUUCCCCCAGACACUUCAGUGUAUACUUUUUUUUUUUUAACGUCACAACCCCUGUGUAACAUUUGAAAAGUCUAAAAGAGCUGCAAGAUUAAGCUGUUUUUUCCCCAUUCAAGUUAGCAACGUGCUAAACUGGAAGUCAGCCACUUGGGCGUGCUCAGCAGCCAUAAGUCUUAGGUGCCCCUGCUCCAUGGGCCCAAUGAUGCGGAAGCAGUGCUGAUCAUCCGGGUGAUUUUAAUACCACGGAAAUAAGAGCUUUUUUCGCUUCAUGCACCACUGAACAACUUUUAUGGGAAUGACAGGGGGCCUGCCGUCAAUGCUGUAUCCUGGACUCUUAAUAUAUCCAGGGUUUCCUUCCCGUUAACAAUAGUAAUGCUAAGCUAAGCUAACUAUUUCCCCUGUUUCCAGUAUUUAUGCUAAGCUAAGCUAAGCUAAGCUAAGCUAAGCUAAGCAGCUGUUGGCUGUAGCUUCAUCAGAGUGGUAUCAAUCUGAAUAUGUGACUCUGAGAGAAAGAGAAGAAGAGGAUUUACCAAAAUUCGGAAUUGUUCUUUUAACCUUUUAUGUCUGUCGGCUGUUACCACGAUGACCAUGAUUAACACUGACUCUACUCGCACACACGCACACACACCGAAACACACACACACACAUUAAAAUGAUCUGGCAGCUGUUUCACCUCCGUCUGUCGACCAUCGAAGCUUCACAGUUCUCGCGGUUCACUUUCCUCUGACAACACGACGCUCAAUAAAACUCAGGAUCCUCGACUUAAAAUGCAAAAGUGACGGCUGAAUGUGUGACAGAUCUGAGAGCGGGAAAAACUUUAAAAAAUAAACUGAAGAGCCCAUGAGCACGGCGGCGUCCUGAGUGGGCUGCAGAGAGAAAGAUGGGACUCUAAAGGCACCUGUUCAGGUACAGCGCUGGAGUCACACACUGACAACGAUCCUGUCAGUGGCGGCAGCUCGCUGACGGAGUCGAGCUUCAGAGCUGCACAUCACUCACUGCAACAUGUUCGAGAUCAAAGAUGAACUCCAGUGAUUCUCCAGAUCAGCUCUACGAAUUUUAAAAGUGGUAUUAAGUCUUAAGUGUCUCCAGAGGGAUCUGUGAGAGUCUGAUAAAUGUCCAAGGUGCAUUGUGGGUAAUGAAGGUGCAAGGUCUUGACCAGGGAGGAGAAUGUGUGGAAUAAAAAGAGUAUAUCUCUGGGUCUGCUGAUCUGACAGAGUUUGAAGCUGAGAAAUUAUAAACUGCUCCACACAGACAGUGUUUACAGUCAGGAGACAGGACGACGUCAUGGUAACACUGCAGUCAAGAGUCGGAUCUAUUGAAGUGGGGUUGUAUGAGAUACUUAUUGGAGAAGCAGGCUGGAGUCUGACAUGACAGCUAACCAACAUACAGCUGUGGACAGGAGCAGCGACAAAACUUAUUUUAGCCACUUCAAAACGCUAUAUUUAGAAUAUUUUCACUGCUUUACCUUUCCAUAUGACAGCCUGUUCCGAAAGGGAAGCUGUUAACGGCUUCAAUUCCUCAUUUAUGCUCUUGUCAAAGCUACCAGACUCCAUUUAGAAAAGCAUUAAUUUUAGUUUGGUGAAUAUGGGAGCUGCUGGUCUACUGCUGCCUUGAUUAGUUCAUUAGUUUGUGUUAAUGUGUGAUUUCAGUGAAUCCAAACUAACCCUUUAAGUUCCCAAACUUGGAAAAUAGCACAAAGUAACUGACUGAUUGAGGCAGCACUACACCAGUAGCUCCUGUGUUUAAAUUUGUUAAAUCACUGUUUUUCUCAAUGGAGUCUG